GUGAGGGGGCCCCGCUUCGGCCCCCGCCCCCCGGCCCCCCGCAGGCCGGCACCAUGCCCAGGUCUUUCCUGGUCAAAAAGGUCAAGCUGGACGCCUUCUCCUCGGCCGACCUCGACGGGGCCUACGGACGGGCCCGGGGGGACUUGGGAGCCAGGCUGCACCACAAGGGAUACCUCGGAGACUACAUCCCGCCGUCGGUGUACGAUGGAGGCCCGGAAGGCGCGCUCCUCAAGGGCCCGUCCCCGCAGCCCAUGUACGCGGCGGCGGUGCGGGGGGAGCUGGGCCCGGCGGCCGGUUCGGGCCCGGCCCCGCCGCCGCGCAGCCCCCGGGCCGAGCUGGCCACGGCCGGCGGCUACAUCAACGGGGACGCGGCGGUCAGCGAGGGCUACGCGGCCGCGGCCUUCUACAUCACCGACGGAAGGUCGCGGCGCAUGGGGGCCGAGGCCCGGGCCGGCCGGGGCCAGACGGGGACCGGGCCCGCCGCCUCCGCCGCCGCCGCCGCCGCCGCCGGAUCCGGGUCGGGCCCCGGGCCCGAGCCCCGCGGCGGGGCCGGCCGCCACGCGUGCAGCGAGUGCGGGAAGACGUACGCCACGUCCAGCAACCUGAGCCGCCACAAGCAGACGCACCGCAGCCUGGACAGCAAGCUGGCCAAGCGCUGCCCGACGUGCGGCAAGGUCUACGUGUCCAUGCCCGCCAUGGCCAUGCAUCUGCUGACCCACGACCUGAAGCACAAGUGCGGCGUGUGCGGCAAGGCCUUCUCGCGGCCCUGGCUGCUGCAGGGCCACAUGCGGUCGCACACGGGCGAGAAGCCCUUCGGCUGCGCGCACUGUGGCAAGGCCUUCGCCGACCGCUCCAACCUGCGGGCCCACAUGCAGACCCACUCGGCCUUCAAGCACUUCCAAUGCAAGCGCUGCAAGAAGAGCUUCGCCCUCAAGUCUUACCUGAACAAACACUACGAGUCCGCCUGCUUCAAGGGCGGCGGGGCCGGGGCCAGCCCGCAGGCCUCCCCGGCGGCGGCGGCGGCGGUGGCGGGGGCGGCGGGGGCGGGCGCCGCGACCCCCGGGCCUCCCCGGCUCGGCCCGCUGCAGGCCUGA